AGCACACUAGUAUCUUAACAUCAUAAUAUUUUAUGCCAAACAAAAUAAGUAGAGGAGAAUAACUAGGUGUAAAAGUGGAUCCAAGAAGGCAUGGAAAGCUGCCACUAUCUUCACAAACAUCAGAGACUAAAGAGAAAGAGGAGUAUGCAUUAGUAGAUACUAAUGAGUUUGAUGCAUAUAACUUUGCAUCUAAUUCUAAUUGGUGUUCAAACACUGAUUUGUCUACUAUGGUUUCUGGUCUCUCUCAAGUUAUUGGAAGUUCUAAUAAUAAUAAUCCACACAUGGCACAACCAACUUCAAGUACUAUUAUCAAUAAAGAAUCUCAACCUCUUGUAGAUCAAGAACCAAAAAAAAAACCUCACUAUAGAGGAGUGAGACAAAGACCAUGGGGAAAAUGGGCAGCAGAAAUACGUGACCCAAUAAAAGCAGCUAGAGUUUGGCUAGGAACAUUUGACACAGCUGAAGAUGCAGCUCUUGCUUAUGACAAAGCAGCACUCAAAUUCAAAGGCACAAAAGCUAAACUCAAUUUCCCCGAAAGAGUUGUUCAAUGCAACAACAAUAGUAAUUCUAGUGCAAUUCAACAAAGUGGUUCUUCUGUUGAUAAUCAACAAGUUUUUCCGAAUUUGUUUCAAUAUGCUCAGAUUCUCUCUAGUGAUGCCGAGUUUCCUUAUUAUGCGUCUCAUCUUUUUAAUCAAGAUCAACAACAACAAGGAGAUGAUGUUAAUCGCCCGCCUGGCUAGUAGAAUUUAGGCAGGCGGGAGAUUGCGCGUUUACGUAGUCGAGAUAUCGGUGGUUGUUCCAUCAAGAUCAAUGAUCUAUGUCAAUUUUGCUAUAGAAGUUCUAAGUUAUGGAUUUAUGCCUUGUAAAAGGGGUUAUUGAAGCUUUAAAAUAGUUUCAAAUUUAAACUUAGAAGUGUAUUGUUUUGAUUAUUCAGGUAUCUAGUUGAUGUGAGAGUAUAUUUUACACACUCAAGUGUGUGUAUUUUGCAAUAUUGUUAUAUUUUUUUUUUUUGAAAUCA